GACAAAGCCUCAGACAACGAAACCAUGCCGCAAGCAACGCCAAUUUCAAUUUCAUUUCAAAUUUCACCCUAAACUCUUCGACUCUCUCUCUGUCUUCAUCUCCAAAACCCAAAAAACCAGAGACCCAAAAUUCAUCAAUAAAAAUGAAAAUGAAGGCAGAGGCUUUGACGUUGCUGCUGGUCAACUUGGCCGGAAUCAUGGAGAGAGCCGACGAGUCGUUGUUGCCUGGCGUCUACAAGGAGGUUGGCGCAGCUCUGCACACCGACCCGACUGGGCUCGGCUCGCUCACUCUUUUCAGGUCCAUUGUGCAGUCGGCUUGCUACCCAGUAGCGGCCUACCUGGCGGUGCGCCACAACCGGGCCCACGUCAUCGCCCUCGGUGCUUUUCUCUGGGCCGCCGCUACUUUCCUCGUCGCAUUUUCCUCCACUUUCUUUGAGGUGGCUAUAUCCAGAGCUUUGAAUGGGAUUGGCCUUGCUCUAGUUGCUCCUGCUAUGCAGUCCCUUGUAGCCGACUCAACUGAUGACAGGAACCGAGGUACAGCUUUUGGAUGGCUUCAACUAACUGGAAACCUUGGUUCGAUAAUUGGUGGGCUUUGUUCCAUAUUGAUAGCUCCAAUAACUUUCAUGGGAAUUCCUGGCUGGAGGAUUUCCUUUCACCUUGUUGGACUAAUUAGUGUUCUAGUCGGCAUUUUAGUCCGUCUGUAUGCCACUGACCCGCACUUUCCAGAUGGUGAAACAAAAGAUAGCAGUCAGACUUCUGGUAAUUCCAUGUGGUUACAAGUCAAGGAGCUAGCUCAAGAAGCCAAGUCAGUUAUUAAAAUUCCUUCUUUCCAGAUUGUUGUGGCACAAGGUGUUACUGGUUCAUUUCCCUGGUCAGCAUUGUCAUUUGCACCCAUGUGGCUGGAACUUACCGGCUUCUCUCAUGGGAAAUCCGCUUUCCUUAUUGCCUUGUUUGUAAUUGGUAGUUCGCUUGGGGGCCUGUUUGGAGGUAAAAUGGGGGAUAUCCUUUCCAUCCAUCUACCAAAUUCAGGAAGGAUAAUACUAGCCCAGAUAAGCUCUGCAUCUGCCAUCCCUCUUGCAGCAAUUCUUCUGCUUGUAUUACCUGAUAAUCCAUCUACAGCUGUCAUCCAUGGUUUGGUCUUGUUCAUUAUGGGAUUCUUAAUAUCUUGGAACGGUCCAGCUACAAACAAUCCAAUUUUUGCGGAGAUAGUUCCUGAGAGGUCCAGAACAAAUGUAUAUGCUUUGGACAGAUCUUUUGAGUCCAUACUCUCAUCAUUCGCUCCUCCAGUAGUUGGGAUAUUGGCUCAGCAUGUUUAUGGUUAUAUACCAGUUGCUGAAGGGUCCAGUGCAUCUGAAGAGAUUGCCACAGAUAGAGGGAAUGCUUUAUCGUUGGCAAAAGCACUCUAUACAGCAAUAGGAAUUCCAAUGGCUCUCUGUUGUGUUAUCUACUCAUUCCUAUAUUGCACCUACCCGAGAGAUAGGGAGCGGGCUCAGAUGGAUGCUUUAAUAGAAUCAGAGAUGCAACAAAUAGAAUUAGAGAAUUCACCUACAGGAGAAGAAUAUUCAUGUGUUCGGUUUCCUGAG